AUGGUAAAAUAUGGUUUUGUGAAUGAAAACAUUGAUGUGGAUAUUUUGGAGGAAACUGCACAACAAAUUACUGUUAAGCUAUUUUUCCAGGAAUUGCAUAAAAAUAUGGUAGUUACUAUGGUGUAUGCAAAGUGUGAUAAAGAGAAAAGAGUGAAUUUAUGGGACUGUUUGUGUAAUCUAUUAGCCACUAUGUCAAUGCCAUGGCUAAUAGGUGGUGAUUUUAAUGUAAUUCUGAAUGAAGAAGAGAAGAUUGGAGGCUUGCCUAUUUUCCCUCAGGAAAAUGAAGAUUUUGCUUCUUGUGUCAAUUCCGGUGAGUUGUCUGAGGUUAACUUCAAAGGCAGCCCUUUUACAUGGUGGAAUGGUAGAACAAUUGGAGAAUGCAUUUUCAAAAGGUUGGAUAGGAUGCUUUUUAAUGAUCUGUUUCAAUCCUGGUUUGGUCAAAUUGAAGUAGAUCAUCUGUCAAGGACUGGGUCUGAUCAUGCACCUUUGUUUUUAUCUUGUACUGAUCAAACUCAGACAUUUAUUAAAACUUUCAACUUUUUGAAAUUUUGGACUGAGCAUGCAGAUUCAGCUGAUGUUUUUCUGGCUUUUAAGCAGAAAUUGAAAAGUGUGAAAUCUGCUCUAUCACAAAAUACAAUAUUCUUCCAUAAUAUAGUGAAGGGCAGAACGAAGAGAACUCAGAUCAAAAGAAUACAAAACUCUAAUGGUACUUGGAUUGAAUGGACUGACAAUCUAGCAGAUGAGGCAAUUUCCUUUUAUCAGAAGCAAUUCACUCAAGAGCCUCAACAGGAGGAGUUUUCAUUAUUGGAGCAUAUUCAAGAACUGGUGACAGAGGAGGAUAAUGUUGUAUUUUGCAGUAUUCCAAGUCUUGAACAAGUCAGGCAAGCAGUAUUUGAACUAGCUGGGGAUAGUGCAAGUGGCCCUGAUGGUUUAUCAGGUUUGUUUUACCAGUCAUGUUGGGAUAUAGUUGGUGUUAAUGUGCAUAAGCUGGUGAAGGCUUACUUUGAGGGUCACACUCUUCCUAAGUCUAUAACACACACAAAUCUUGUAUUGUUGCCUAAGAAGAAUGAAGUUGAGACAUUUUCUGCUAUGAGGCCAAUAAGUCUUAGCAACUUCAUAAACAAGAUAAUUUCUAGAGUGUUACAUGGCAAGCUUGAUCAUAUUCUUCCUAGGCUCAUUUCAACUAAUCAGUCUGGUUUUGUUAAAGGAAGAAACAUCAUUGAAAUUGUCUUAUUGACUCUGGAAAUUGUGUCUGACAUCAAAUUGAGAGGAAAAACUACAAAUGUAGUUUUGAAACUUGAUAUGACUAAGGCCUAUGAUAGAGUAUCAUGGUUAUUUUUAACUAAGGUACUCAAGAAGAUGGGGGGUGUCAAGGAGGGUGACCCUUUGUCACCUGCUUUGUUCAUUUUAUCAGCAGAGGUUCUGACAAGUGCCUUGAAUUCAUUGUUUGAAAUAUCUGAAUCUAAAGGUUAUGGGAUGCCAAAAGGGAGUGCCAAUCUUAACCACUUGGCAUAUGCAGAUGACACCAUAAUAUUUGCCUCAGCAGACAAUGAUUCACUAAACAUGAUCAUAAAGGUGUUACAGGAUUAUGAGAAGGUGUCUGGUCAGCUAAUUAACAAAAGGAAAAGUUCCUUUUACAUGUUUGCUAAAGUUUCACAGAAUAUUGUAAAAGGGGUGGCAGCAACUACAGGAUUUUCAAGUGGUUCUUUUCCUUUUGUGUAUUUAGGAUGCCCAAUUUCUUAUGCUAGGAAGAGGAAAAUAGAUUAUUCUGAACUUAUUAAAAAUGUGAAGGAUAAACUGCAAGCUUGGAAAGGGAGGUUGCUAUCACUUGGAGGAAAGGUUGUGCUGAUAUCAAGUGUACUUCAAAGUGUCCCUAUACAUCUAUUAUCUCCAGUGAAACCUCCAAAAUGUGUUAUCAAGGAAAUACAUCAGAUGUUUGCCAAAUUCUUCUGGAGUAAUAAGGAAGAUGUCAAAUCUAGGCAUUGGUCUGCAUGGCUUACUAUGUGUUUUCCUAAGGAGGAGGGUGGUUUGGGCUUCAAAUCCUUGUUUGAUGUGUCAAAGGCAUUAUGUGCUAAAUUAUGGUGGAAUUUUAGAACCUCAAUAUCACUAUGGGCCAAUUACCUAUGGAACAAAUAUUGCAAGAACCAAUAUCCUCAGUAUGUCCAAUGGAAGGGAGGUACACAGGUUUGGAAGAUGAUGUUAGAAGCAAGAGAUAGUAUAGAACAGGAAAUAUGGUGGGAAACCAAGAGUGGAACUGCUAAUGUCUGGUUUGACAACUGGACAAAAUUAGGAGCCUUGUACUAUACAUUACCUGAUCAAGUCAUUGAUGAAAGUGUGGAAGAUGUAUCUGAAAUUCUAGAUGGAAAUGAUUGGAAUUUCAAUAAGCUACAACAACUACUACCAAGUGAAAUUGUUAAUCAUAUUCAAGAGGAGCUUCUGAUGAAGGAAAGUUCAACUUUGUGGGACAAGGCAUGGUGGAUGAUGACUAGCUCUGGGAAGUUUAACAUUUCAAGUGCCUGGAAUCUGCUUAGACAAAAAGGCCAUAUCUCUACAGUAUUAAGAAAGUUUAAGCUACCUGCUGAUGAAGUGCUAGCUAGCAUUGGAAGAAAUGUUUUUAGCAGUACUGCUGGUAUAGAAAUGAAUUGCUCUCAGGUGAAACAAUUAGUGCAAAUAUGGUGGAAUACUAAUUGUCAUUAUAAGCUGAAACCUAUCAUUAAAGCAGUACCUGGAAUGACCAUGUGGCAAAUAUGGAAAUGGAGAAACACAAAGCUUCAUGGAGGCUCAAUGUCUAGGCAUAGGUUUAGACCAAGCCUAAAGUGUACAACUGUGGCAUGGAGAGUGGCUAUAAGUGGUUGGUAUAAGUGCAACAGUGAUAGUGCCUCAAGAGGAAAUCCAGGUCCUAGUUCAGUGGCAUUUUGCAUUAGAGAUGAUAAUGGAGAUCUGGUAUAUGCAGCAACUCAAAAGAUUACAGAUGGGAAUAACUUAGUUGUUGAAGCUGUGGCCAUCAAGCAAGGAAUUAAUUAUUGUAUGGAUCAUCAAAUGUAUCCUUUAUUGGUGGAAACUGACUCCUUAGCCAUGAAGAUGUUCAUUAGAGGAACAUGGGAAGUUCCAUGGUGUAUUAGUAUGAUCUUAAAGGACAUCAACAGAUUGAUAAGAGGGCAGACUGUUAAAGUGGAUCACAUAUAUAGGGAGGGAAACUGCCUGGCAGAUUUUUUAGCUAACUAUGUUUUUGAUUUUCCAGGUACACAACAAUUUAACACUUUUCAGGAGCUACCUUCUAUUGCUAGGAAACUAUUAAACAUUGAUAAGGCUCAGAUUCCAAAUCUGAGAAUCAGAUAUGCAUCAAACACUAGAGUUUCAAGCAACUGA